AUGAAGGAGGGGAGCAAGUGCUAUGGAGGGACUCCUCGUGAGAAUAUGGCAGCCAAGAAGGUCCUGGAACUCAGGAGCGUGAUUGCGGACAAGUUCAUGACACACAUGCGCAUGGGAAUGGGGAAGACCCUUUGGGGAUACUUGGAAGCAGCGGCCAAGUGCUGUCAUUCAGCCAAUUCUAUCGCUACAGAGUGUGAAGCGGCAUUGAAAGGGUUCGGAGAUUCAGAUCUUGAGCAAAUUCUGACUACUGCUGGCGGCCUUUUGUCCGAAGUAGCAAAAGCAGAGUUUACCGAUGCCGUUCUGAAAGGGCAAAUUUGCUCUGAGUCGUUCGAUUCGAUUGAUGCUGCAGAGUUGGAGAAUGUGCCAGCUGUGAAGGAGCUUUCGAAAAAGCUGGGCGUGGUCUCAGACGCGGUGUUGAAGCUUGGAGCUGCCGCCAUGAAUGAUAUCACCUACCUUUUGAAAGGUGAGCACAAGUCUGUGAGUUCCGGAGACAUCGACAUGGUGGCGUCUUUGAUGGAACUCUCUCCCAGCCUUUUCAGGAACUUGUGCAAGGUGAUGACUUCUUGCAAGGUGGCCAAUUGGGCAAACAUUCGGGAUAAUUUUGCAGAGUGCGCAGGGCAAUUGGUAUUCAACGCCGCCAAUACUGGGAAGCUGGUGGGGCAUGCUGAGAAGAAUUUGUCCGUGGAGUCAUUCGUGGCAGCUGCAAAGGCUUUGGGCGUCAAUUCCAACCCCAAGAACCUCCGCCCAGUGGAAGAAUUCUUGGUUGAGUGUGCAGGUUCCAAGAUUGAUGUGCCCAUCGAGUUCCGGAAUGUUGUGGCGGCGCUGGAGGCCUUGGCAAAGCCUUCAUCAUUGCCCCAAGCUUGGUGCAAGCAACUGAUCAGUAGUGGGAAGAAGGAUGAAUUGGUUGACUUAGAUGCAUCUAUGCAAUCAUCGCUCGGGCCAGAAGUGGGGUGUCUAUUGCGGGCUUUGGCAGUGGCUGUGGAGAUUGAGCAGCCUGACGAUAAAAAGCCAGCUUACAUUACCAAAGAAUGGGACACCAAAGCUCUCAUCAAGGCCGGCAUUCCAGAGGCCAAGCUUUUGCUGUCUGGUAAGUGUGGGGAAGCUCUCCGCAAGCUCGCGGAAAAGCUUUUGGCGGCCAAGUCCCAGCACCAGAAAAUCUUCUCGGAUUGGUCCGACGUGGAGAAAGCCUUGGUGGAGAAAAACGAUGAGGAAACCGUCCGGAUUCUCAAAAUCUACGACACAGAUGAUGGAGUUAAACAUAUCCAGGAUCUUGAGCAGACAGCCCAGAUCUUUUUCGAUUUCAAGCUCGAUUUGGUCAAGAUCAACACCUUGGACACUCCUUUUGGUGCUUUGCUCGAUGCGUUCAAGACAGAGCCCACCCACAAGAAGUUUGGGGUUGCAGCGUUUUCGAUUUUGGCCUCGGAAAUCUUGAUGCGGGAAAACAGUGACGAGGAUGAAGAUUUCUACGCCAAGCUGGUUGAGGAUAUCCCUGAACUCAAAAGUUACGCAGCCCAGUUUAUGGGCGUGAUGAAGAAAGACCUUCCAGCAGAGAUCAAUGCUCGCAUGGAUAAGCUGUACAAGGAGGCGAAGGCGAAGGUGGAUGACACCAAGACUGCAGCCGCAAAGGCAAAGGCGAAAUCCAAGCAGCAGAAGAAGUCUGACAAGACUGAG